UUUUCUGUUAUCUGCUCUUCUCCCGGACAUUCCAGCCAGAGGACCAGGAUUUCAUUGCCGUGAUCGGAUAUACGCCAAAUCCAGGAGACCAAUCUUUGGAGAUCCCAGCCGGGAAAGGAAAGCUUCCGAGGGAGUAAGAACCAGAACAAACCAGGAGGAUACCAUGGCUGAUUUUGCCUACCGCCCGUCCGCCCCCAUGGCGAACGAUCGGUGGCUUUCUUCACGAAGGUGGGGGGGAAACCUCGAGACCAACCAUCAGGAAAGGAGCAUAUGGCAGCUGACGGCGGACUCAAGCCCGAUCUACAGUAAUACGUUGUACAGUGCCAGGUUUGAGACGGGAAGCACCCCGUCUCUACCGCAAAGCGUGUCGUACACACAAGGCCCUGCAUCUGCACAUAACAUGCCCCCAACAAGCUUGGCCCCAGGAGGCCUCGGCCAGCUCGGACGAGCAUCCCACGAGGCGUCGGCCUUCUCCUUCUCCACGGCAUGCAGUUCCCCGCUAACGCAGGGGCUGUACACGAACGCGGCUCCCAUCCAAGCUCCGUUCAAAGGCUCCUGGGGCUGGGACCAACAGUCGAACUACUCUGGAAACAACCAAGGGCACUACCAGGGAAGGUACUCACCGUCCGAUUCCAUGGAUGAGCUUGGCUCGCCGAGCGUUUCUGACUACUCCCUGGACAAUGCCAUGGCCAGCCCCGCGGCGCCGAGCAGCAAGAGCAGGGUCAGCCCGGGAGGAGGAGGAGCAGCAGGAGGAGGAGGCGGAGGAGGGCGGCCACGCUCGCAGCGACGUCCGUCGAACCGGGACGAGUUCGACGGCCCGCACCAGUUCCUGAAGCGGCCGCCGGCGGAGUACAUUGCGCUGCAAGAGCGGGAGCUGCCGCGGCUGCCGACGCAUCUCCUGGUGCAAGAGCAGGAUAGUGUCCUGAACCAGGUCAACGACCGGCUGUCGCAGUGCGCGUAUGACUUUGUGGCCAAGUACCAGUUCCCGAUCCCGCUGACGCAGGACAUGCGGCCCGUCGAGCGCCCGCAGGACCGCGAGUGGACCGAGUGGGUGUACCUGCUGAAGCGGCUCGCCACCAAGCGGCGCAUCCCCGCGCGCGUGCUGUACAACGGCCAGAUCAAGCAGUUCGUGACCAUCCUGGAGAACUCGCUCGAGAUGCGCCACGCCGCCAAGCACCAGAGCCGCCCGCUCAAGGAUGACAGGAACAUCCUGCAGCUGAUCUCGGCGGGGAUCCAGGUCGCCAAGAUCCUGAAGGAUGCACAGGCUAUGGAUUACCUUGACAGGCUUUACGUUUCCACGGAACGGCGCAUCCAGGAGCGGGUCGCCGCAGCGGCCGCUGCUUCUGCUGCCGUGAGGUUCCGCUAAGAAAAGGGACCCCCCCAAA